AUGAGUGGUGACAAAACCAUCUUCAAGGCUACCUACUCGGGCGUACCCGUGUACGAAUGCAUCAUCAACAAUGUGGCCGUCAUGAGGAGACGAUCCGACGACUGGCUCAAUGCCACUCAGAUCCUCAAAGUCGUCGGUCUCGACAAGCCCCAGCGUACGCGUGUCCUCGAGCGAGAGAUCCAGAAGGGCAUUCACGAAAAAGUACAGGGCGGCUACGGAAAGUACCAAGGAACCUGGAUUCCACUUGACGUUGCCAUCGAACUCGCAGAACGCUACAACAUCCAAGGCUUGCUUCAGCCGAUCACCUCGUACGUCCCUUCCGCUGCCGACUCGCCACCUCCUGCUCCCAAGCACACCAUCUCCACCUCGAACCGCUCCAAAAAAAUCAUCCCUGCCGACCCAGGCGCUCUCGGCCGUUCCCGACGCGCGACCAGCAUCGAGACCGAAUCCGAAGUCAUCGGCGCUGCCCCAAACAAUGUUUCCGAGGGCAGCAUGAGCCCUUCCCCCAGCGACAUUAGCAGCUCCUCCCGCACUCCCAGCCCCUUGCCCGCCGAUCGUGCCCAUCCUCUGCACGCUAACCACGCCCUCGCUGGCUACAACGGCCGCGACGCCAACAACCACGCCAGAUAUGCCGACAUCAUCCUCGACUACUUUGUCACCGAAAACACCACUGUCCCCUCGCUCCUUAUCAACCCGCCCCCCGAUUUCAACCCGGACAUGAGCAUCGACGACGACGAACACACUGCACUUCACUGGGCCUGCGCUAUGGGCCGCAUCCGCGUCGUCAAACUUCUCCUCUCAGCCGGUGCAGACAUCUUUCGCGUCAAUUCCAACCAGCAGACCGCCCUCAUGCGCGCCACCAUGUUCUCCAACAACUACGACCUGCGCAAGUUUCCCGAACUCUUUGAGCUCCUUCACCGAUCCAUCCUCAACAUUGACAGGAACGACCGCACUGUCUUUCAUCACGUCGUCGAUCUUGCCCUUAGCAGAGGCAAACCACAUGCUGCUCGUUACUACAUGGAGACCAUGAUCAACCGCCUCGCCGAUUACGGAGAUCAGUUGGCCGACAUUCUCAACUUCCAGGAUGACGAGGGUGAGACUCCGCUCACCAUGGCUGCACGUGCUCGAUCCAAGAGGCUCGUCAGGCUCUUACUCGAGCAUGGCGCCGAUCCCAAGAUCCGCAACAAAGAGGGAAAGAAUGCCGAGGACUACAUCAUCGAAGACGAACGCUUCCGAUCCUCGCCCUCGCGCACCGGCCCCGCCGGUAUCGAACUCGGCGCCGACGGCUUGCCCGUCCUCCCCACUUCCUCGCUUCACACUUCCGAAGCCGGUCAACGCACAGCCGGUCGCGCAGUGACACUCAUGAGCAACCUCUUGCACAGCUUGGCUGACAGCUACGACAGCGAAAUCAACACGGCCGAGAAGAAGCUCACCCAGGCGCACGGCUUGCUUAAGCAGAUUCAGACCGAGAUCGAAGACAGCGCCAAGGUCGCCGAGGCGCUUCAUCACGAGGCGCAAGGUGUCGACGAGGAGCGCAAGCGCGUCGACUCGUUGCAGCUCGCUCUCAAGCACGCCAUCAACAAGCGUGCACGAGACGAUCUCGAACGUCGUUGGUCCGAAGGCAAGCAAGCCAUCAAGCGCGCAAGACUUCAAGCCGGUCUCGAGCCCGGAGCCCUUUCGACCAGCAAUGCAACCAACGCUCCUGCGACCGGCGACCAGAAGAGCAAAGACGAUGCGAAAAGUUUGAUCGAAGCUCUGCCCGCGGGAACCAACGUCAAGACCGCCAUCGCCGAACUUAGGAAGCAACUGAGUCAAGUGCAGGCCAACAAGACCGAGUUGGUGGACAAAUUCGUGGCACGUGCAAGGGAGCAAGGCACGGGCAGGACGAUGGCUGCGUACAGGAGGCUCAUUGCUGCCGGAUGCGGAGGUAUUGCACCGGACGAGGUGGAUGCUGUGGUGGGUGUGCUGUGCGAGCUGUUGCAGGAGAGUCAUACGGGCGCUCGAGCAGGUGCCGGCGGUGAGCGCGAUGAUAGGGCCAGAGACGUUGCAAUGAUGCUCAAAGGUGCUGGUGCUGCUGCGCUCGCGGCUAACGCUGGUGCGCCGUGA